AUGCCCAAGGUUUUCGGUCAAGUCGAUUUGGAAGUCCUCAGGGGUCUUUUUCAGCCCAAGUCGUACGACUUGUCCACGUCGGCGCAGGGCUGCGCGUUAGGAAGAGAACAGCGUAGCGGAUCUAGCGAAAAGGGAAAGGGCAUCACGGAAGUCGACCGCUGCUCGCCCCCUGAUGAUUCACAGCCAGGCACACGCUCGCGGAGCCAGCGCAUCUUGGACUACAAUUUGACAUACGCUAGAAUGCUAACACUCCUGCGACGAUAUACCCAAGGCAAAGCAGACACUCGCCUCCUACCUCCCGCGUGA